UAUAAUCAAUGUGUACCAUAAUACAUGAAUACGCAAUCUGCAAGGAAACACUGUGUUCAUAUACUUAUAAAGUUAUGAUAUUAUGUUCAUGUGGCGUCUUUUGAGAAGGUACAGAGGUGUGUCGCAAAAAGAUAUGGAAUGACGUGAAUGUUUAGGGUACAACCAGUUAAUAAUGAUCCCGGAUUAACACCCACUUAAGCGAUGAUCCUUAUUUUUAGCGAAACUUCAACAUCAACGCUCAGGAGGCCCCCAGCAUGGAGUUCAGAGAGUUUUCAAGUGUAUACACCUAAAAAUGAGCCCACAUCAGUGUAAUUGGCUUCCUACUCAUUCUGACUAAAUCACCAUCAGAGGAUAUACUAAAAUAAAACCCGCAGUAUCGAGACAUAAAACCUGCAUGUGGACUUGACUUCACCCUUGAUAUUUUUAAGAGCGCAACUGGAGGAUUCUGCAUAAUAAAAAAAAGGCCAUAAGAGUUCAGCUUUUUUGACCGCGUUCCAGUUGGUUAUUCUGUUAUUGGAUAGCAAAACCAUGAAAUACCUUUGGAAUGCUCAAACUGUCAUUAUUGGAUUCCUUUCUGAGUGAUCAGGUUCUGCAUGUGUUCUGUGUUUGUGUUUACAAUCGCUCUGUGGAUUGAUUUCGAUGCAGGUUCGUUCUAGCAUACUAUUUACACAAAAAUCAACCUAGGUCUACUACACGCCUACGUCUAUAUCAACCCACAGUCAAACAAUCUUCUUCUUAACGAAAACAAUUUUUUGGAGAGGUGUAGUUCAGAGGUUAGCUAACUGCGAAGUCUGGUGACAGAAAAUGGGAUGCAAUAACAUUUCAAGAUCAUACUGAGAGCUAGUUCACGAUCUUCCAAUUAAGGCAAUGUUAUUUGCGCUUCAGAGAACACCCUGAAACUCGAGAUUUUCUAUCUGAUCUUCGAAUGGACAUACCACCAAUUUGAAAGAAGAGAAGACUCAACCGUGGAACUCAUUUUCAGGAAAUGGUUUGCGAUAUAAUUAUUAACGUCACCUUUCUCGAAUGAUGAACAUCUAUAGACACUUCUCAUAAAAUUCAUUCAAGAACUUGACCAAAAGAUUAUUAUCAUUACGUCGGUGUACUGAACGAACUUUACUUCUUCUGAAUUAAGUCACAGCACGUCGCAUAUAAGGGGAGUGUCAAAGGUUUCUAGCAGACGACAGACUUUUAUCAAGAAAAUUAUCACGUGAUCCGUGGCACACCCGAUAAUCACCGACUAAUGGGCUUAUGAUGGGAUUACACUUGAACCAUGUUAAACCCAUGGAUACGAUUGUGAAUGUCUGUUGAUUCCGAGAUCACUGGGAUUACAACCUCUGCCUGAUUCGGCAAGAUCUAGUCAGCCUUCACGAUUCCUCGUCAUCACCGGCCCCGUUGCCAAAUCGGGGGUCCCUCUGUGAUCUGCUGUCGUGGUUGCGUAAUCUUUUCAAGAUCCCCAGCCGGAAAUUUCAAGACAGGAGAAAAAUAAGUGAAUCACAUUGAUUACGUUCAAAGGAGUGAUGUCAUAUUGUACUGGUCUUUGGUCACAUUUCUGUAACCACGACCAGCGAAUGUUGAUAGGCAACAAUCUCCAUUAGUCUUCAGGUGUCAUAUCUAAAUUUCUAUUAAUAUUUAACCGUAUAUGUUAUAAAUCAACAAUGUCACAAUCGGGAGACGUGGUUGUAAAUUUUAUUGUGACAAAAUGUCGGCCAUUGUGUAUUCUAGUGGAAAGAGAGCUUUAAAUUCGGAUGAUUUUGUCUCGUUGUGUUGACUUCCUGAAAGAAAAGUUCGAUUUUCUCAUUCAAGAUGAAUAAUAAUACAGACAGCGAUGUGCCGACGAAGAGGCUAUCUAAACGAUUGACGAUGCCCAAGUUCAACCGGCAAGUUUCCUUGAAACUCAGCCCGGAACUCAGCAAAAAGUUUAAGCCUGAAAUCGGGAAAAAGUUCUGGACCUCGAUCGAAAGAAUGUGGGCGAGAAUAUAUGAAGAUGCGGCGGAGACUCUCCGAAAUUUCGUCUUCAAGAUGGUGCCUGGAAAAUCAGAUUCAGAUGGAGAUGAAACUGCCACUGAACCAGUCAAACAAGUCAAGGUGGAAGAGAGCACCGAUUUACUCUCGGUGAUCAAGAAACAUGGCUUCAUUUUGGGAAUUUUGUUGAUGGUUUGGCUCGUCGGAUACCUCGGCUUCAGCGCAUUAUGGCUGCUGCUCAUCGUUAUUGUCAGUGUGUGGAGAGAUCGCGCCAGCCGUCGCAAGGCCCAGUCGACCGAGCUCGCCAGGGCAGCGGUGGAGAAUGAGCGGGAGAGCAUCGUUGGUGUCGUUAGAGAUCUACCGUCAUGGGUAUACUUUCCUGACAUUGAGAGGGCAGAAUGGCUCAACAAGAUCGUGAAGCACCUUUGGCCGUACCUAGAGGGCUAUGUGGAGGAUCUCUUGAGAACAUCCGUAGAGCCUGCUGUCCAGGAUAAUCUACCCUCUUACCUCAAGUCAUUCCGUUUUGAAAAGAUCAGACUGGGAAGAUAUUCACCCCGGAUUGGAGGAGUAAAGGCAUACACAGAGCAUGUAGGAAGAGAUGAAAUGAUUCUGGAUUUGGAGAUAUUUUAUGCGGGUGACUGUGACAUUGAAAUCAGUGUGAAGACUGUCAAGAGAUUAAAAGCAGGAAUACAAGAUCUACAGCUUCAUGGUAACUUGAGAGUGGAGAUGAGACCAUUGGUUAACAAGAUGCCUCUGGUUGGUGGGAUGUCAGUCUACUUCUUGAACAGACCGGCGAUAGACUUCAAUCUUACCAACCUGGCUGACUUACUUGAUGUACCAGGACUAAGUAACCUGCUUCAUGGGAUCCUUGAAGACCAGUUUGCAUGUUUCCUGGUGUUACCAAACAGGAUCCCAAUCACCCUCAUUGACACGGUAGACCUCAAUGAACUCAAGUACCCAAUGCCAAAGGGAGUGUUGCGUAUCACAGCAGUCGAAGCAAGAAACCUGGUCAGAGCCGACAUGGGUCUGCUCAAGAAGGGAAAAUCUGACCCGUAUCUGGUCAUCAAUGUUGGAAUGCAGAAGUUCAAGACCAAAACAAUCAACAACAACCUGAAUCCAAAGUGGAAUCAGACAUUUGAGGCCAUAGUGUAUGAGGAGCAUGGACAGACAUUAGAUGUGGAUUGUUGGGAUGAGGAUCCAGGAAGCAAAGAUGAUCCACUAGGAAAUCUGAGCAUCGAUAUUCACUACAUUUCCAAGAUGGGCACCUUUGAUUCUUGGUUGCCACUUGAAGACAUCAAACAUGGUGAUCUCCAUCUUCACUUGGAGUGGCUUGUUCCUUCAGAGAACUUUGAUAUUAUUCAUGAGCAAGUAGCGGAUUGCUUGCAGGUUGCCACACCGACCUCAGAAUCCCUCUUUUCUUGUGCCCUUCUGGUGGUCAAACUGGACUCUGCUAAAGACCUUCCGGUAUCAUCGAGAUCCACCAGUAUGCCCAGUCCCGUGUGUACACUUAAGGUUGGACAGACUACACAGAAGAGUCAUGUUCAACAAAAAACAAUGCGUCCUGUGUGGGAGGAGACCUAUCAUUUCUUGGUCAUGAAUCCUGCCAUGCAGUCACUGGAUGUAGAGGUCACAGACAGUAAGAAGGGAAACAAACUUGGUAAUGUGAACAUCCCUCUGAAACAGCUGUUGCUGAGCCAGCCAAACAUGGUGAUUGAAAGACCAUUCAAACUGAAUAAUUCUGGUCCUCAGAGUAACAUCACACUCAAGAUGUGUUUAAGGGCUUUGGAGAAAGGUGUAGGAAGGCAACAGGGUCCCUUUGAACCCAUGUCUGCUUUGGCCAAGAACCAGAAGCUUGAGGAUGAUGAAGAUGAGGCCGUAUUCGAUGAGAACCCCGAUGCCUCGAUGGAGAAAUCCCUGGAGAAGUCAUCGGAUAACAAAUCGGACCCCCCUGCAGCCGAUGUGACCGUCAACGGCCCUGGUCCCGAGGAGGAGGGAGAGGGCGCUUCAACCAGUCAGAACAUCUCCACGCCCCCUAAUGGAACCUCCCCCGGGGUGGGGGAUGGAGAGACCAGCGGGGUGGAGCUGAGGAAGAGAAACGUCCAGCCAUAUGUUUAUGAGAAUGGCGAAAACGGUCUCGAAACGCUUGAGAAUGGAGAUCCCAAGGCUCCAUUCCCAUAUGGUCGUAUUCAGAUGACGAUUAGAUACAGUUCACCAAGGGGAAAGGUUAUAGUGGUGAUCCAUAAGGCUUCACAACUGACGAUCCCAGACUCGGAAGACAUGCCUGAUUCUUACAUCAGGGCUUACCUUCUACCAGAUAAAUCUAAAGGUGGUAAACAGAAGACCAAAGUCAUCAAGGAUACAAGGGAUCCGGUGUUUGACCACACGUUUGAGUUUUCCUGCACAUCGACGGAGUUGUCGGAGAGAGUUCUUGAUAUCUGCGUCAAGAAUUCAAGCUCUUUCCUACAUCUUAGUAACCCAACAAUUGGCCAGGUGGAUGUUGACCUUGCAAGCUUAGACCUUAGCAAAGCCACAACAGAAUGGUAUAACCUAAAGAGGAUCAGUCCCGACUCUGUAUCUCGGCUCUCAAUGAGCUUCACCUCGUGACCUCAACCCACCAACCAAGCUAUUAAGACUACCUUGAUACAAGGCUGAAAUGAUGCACAGAGCACUUGACAUAUACAUUUUGAAAUCUCUAGGCAUUAAUGAUGCAUGGAUUAAUCUUUGUUCACAUAUGGUGCAGGAGAUCAGUUAUAAACAUUUUAUUUGUGCAUUCGUCAUAGCCGACACAUCAUUUCAUACCAUAUGGAGCAUCUCUUUUUUGUUCACACUUACCCAACUCGGCAAUAUUUACCCUAUUAUGCUCGGGUAGAAAAGACUUGGUCUGACUGAAUAAGUUGUUCCUAGGGUAGUGCCAUACACAUAUUGUCAUUCAAUAUUGCAUACUGAGAGUAAAUUGAAAUAAUUAUAUUAUGAUAUAAUUAUAACAAUUUUUUGUAUUUAACUGCAUCAUAUGUGAACAUCCCUCAAUGAAAAUAUUCACAAAGAUCGCAAUAUGGGAUUCAUCAACAGCAUGCGUGUAUUCAUUCUUGUGUGUAAAAUUGCUUCACACUCGACUGUAAAGUUUGUACGAUUGUGGCAUUCCCCUUUCUCUUUGAUACUUGCCUAUUAAACAACUACCAGAGGCCAGUAACACAAAACUUAGCAAUGAUUGUACAACAUUUUUCUAUGAUUGAUUGCAUUGACUACAAUGUACAAUCAAUCAUAGAAAUCAAGCGUACGAUCAAUCGCUAACCUUUGUGUUAUCGGACAUAGGUAUAUGGUUUUCACACAAUGCACCACUUGGCUUGCUUAUUCAAAGCGUUUCCAUAGUAAAUCAAUAUUCCUAAACAUUCAGAUUUAAUUGUAUAUGUAGAUGUUUGACUUCCAUGAAACUCUGAAAUGCUCUGAAAAGCAACAUGUCAGUCAAUUUUGUUGCAUUGAAUUUCUUCUAUCCAUCAUGGUCUUCUAUUUCCCAAUUUUGUUUCUGAGAUUUCUGUACUGCAAGUAUUGCCCAAACAUGCCAGCAAGUUUCCAUUUAAAAGUCUUUGGAGCUUUUGGAAUGCAAGCGCUAGUGUAAUGGUCGUGUGAAUUUCCGAUUCUAUUUGUACAGUUUUAAAAAGAUUUUGUGCUAUGUCUUUUUUGUGUUUGGGUGCUCAUUUUCAUAUUGCCAAACGAAACACUUGUAAUGCAUUUAACCUAGCAACUUAUUUAAUAUUUACUUGUACUAUUUAACAAGAAUCCUAGUGAUGCACAGUAUGGAAAGAGUAUUUUACUGACUUGCAUGCUUUUAAUCAGCAUUACUUCUAAUAAUAUUGGUAAUGAUGACAAUAAUAAUAAUAAUGAUAAUGACAAAAGAUGAUAAUGAACAAUAAUAAUAGAUAUUAAUGGGCAGUUACAUACUACAUAGCACUGCAUAUCUAGAUAUGAUCUAUUCCCAAGCACACUGUAAUCUUCAUUAUGGAUGAGGUAAAGCUCAACACAUCGCAUAUUGAAUACAAAAUGAAAUAUAUAUAUCUACUUAAAAUUUAAUCGCACUUUGAUAUACAAUAUGAAAUGGUUGUACAUGAGGGUUUAAUAUUAUGCAUGCACACUAUAUUAAUGGAUUAUUAAUAUACUCCGUGGUCAUAGAAGUUACAGGGAGAACAGACUCGAGUUGGUUGUGUAUGAAUGACGAUCUAUACAUCAUAUCUUAACGAUUAGGCAAUCCAUUGCCAUGUGGGUGGUGGAUGAUUAUGCCUGUAUCUUGUGAAAUCAUGAGGAUGUUUGUGGUUGUUGAAUUGUGUGCUUUGUAUACCCCUUCCUUUGUUCUGUGUUGUAAAUUUAUGAUAUGAUAGGAAAUGAUUUUGCUCGAGAGAGUAAACGAUAUGUGAUGAUGUUAGGGUCUUAUGUAUUGAUGUACAACUGCAAACAAAUCUUUGUUCUGUAGUAUAUUGAGCACAUGUAGUGAUACCACAUGAUAUAAAGAAAGUCAGUGUACUUGUUUUUACCCGGAGAGGUAAUUAACUACCUUUGAUAAGUUGAUCAGGAGUUUUACUAACAGAAUAUUUUUUAUUUUGCCAGGUUCACAAUAAUGUCAGAU